AUGUCAUCUCUGCUGAGGGAGGAGAUGAACAGAGUCUUGUUCAGGCCAGUGGGGCAGAAGCUGGAGGAAUUUAUUGAAAUUGAGGAGCAAAAACAAGGACGACAUUUCAUCUGUAUUUCUAUAGCUAAGAAUAAAGAAGCUCAGAUCUCAGUGGUCCAUUGUCGAAGAUCGAAGCGUUCACGGAGCAAAAAGCUGCAGCACUAUGGACUGGAGGACAGCUAUGAGCGAAUAGAAACGUGGGCCCUGGAAGACCUGAUGAUUCUGGAUGGUAGAGAUCCCGAUACAGACGAUCCCUGUUUCUUGAUGCAUUUUGACACAGUGCGGACCAUCACAGCAGUGAGCUGUGCUGCGAAAUACAACUUGGCCCGCUGUCUGCUUUCGCUCAGCAGGAAGUAUCAUCACACAGCAUUAAAGCUGCAGAAUUUUGACCAGUCAUACAUUGAACCCACUUCAAUGUACUCAGACCGUGGUGACUGUAUGGUCCUUUCGCAGAUCUGUUUUUAUGCCUUCAAUCUGGUGUGUCUUUCUAUGUGCCCUGUGCCUCUGCCCUGA